AUGGCAACGAUUCAUCUGGUGAAGGCAGCAUAUGUGCGCCUGCUGCAUCAGGUGUACGUCACAGGGCACAGCGAUCGAGCCACUGCUGAAAUCCGCGACCCCACCAAUGGAAUCUGGCCGCAGGAGCUGCCACGACGGGAAGGGGGAGCAGCCGGAGGGGUGACAGGAGGAGCAGGAGGGGUUGGGGAGACAGGAGGAGGUGGAGGAGGAGGAGUGGGAGCGGGGUUGGGAGGUUUCGAUCCGACAAGAAGACACAAUCGGGAUAACAAAGACAGCCGCUAUCGUCCAAUAUCAAUUGGAUCGUCAGCAGCACUCACAGUGGCAGCAGCAGGUCUCUUUCCCCUCAACCCCUCAUCUGCCGAACCUCGCCCGUGCCUCAUAGAGGAUCUAAUCUCCGAGUUACAGCUGGCAGCAUCUGAGGAGUUUGACCACGCGCCGCCCGAAGGCUCCGCACAGCAUUUCGUGGCAACAGCAGCACUGCCCAUGCUGACAUCCUACUUUAAACGCCACUUCAUUGCUCGAAGAGCCAACCUGCCAGAUUCCCACCGGGUGCUUCUGGACCAAUUAGCAGACGCCAUCUGGCAUCUCUGUGGCAAGCUCCCUCCCUCGCAGCGCGACGCCCCCUUGAGAUGUAUCGAGGAGAUGAAAGCUGCUGGUGCGGUUUCUAGAUUCGACUACGGCCCGUCAUCUCUGCCGUAUUUUGUCGAUCGGGCAGCGGUGAGUCGUGCCCGAGGCACAGAGCUUCAGCGCAAGGGGCAGAUUUUCAAAGCGAAUUGGGUGAAUUUCUGCCGCUUGUUCUCGCAGAAGCUAGAUAUUUCCGACCUGCAGACCAUGGAAGGGUCGGGAGCGCGACACCUGGCGCUCAUGCUGACUCAGCGCCGGCCGGUUGACGUGUCAUACUCCCCACCGUUCCACUAUUAUAAUGUGGUGCCGCAGCUGACGAGCCUGCUGUCGAGCCCUAAGGUGCUGAUGAUGGUGGUGGUGGCAGCAGCAGCGGUGGUGGCGGGGGUAGUACCAGUGCUGACGCUGGUGCAACAAGUGCUGCUGGUGCUGCAAGUGGUGAUGGUGAUGAGGGAGGAGGAGGGAGAGGCGGGGGAGGAGAGGGAGGAGAGGGAGGAGAGGGAGGAGGAGGAGGAGGAGGAGGUGGAGGAGGAGAAGGAGGAGGAGGAGGAGGAGGAGGAGGAGGAGGAGGAGGAGGAGGAGGAGGAGGAGGAGGAGGAGGAGGAGGAGGAGGAGGAGGAGGAGGAGGAGGAGGAGGAAGAGGGGUAG